GCUGGACCGGCUUCAGGCCGUGCGCCGCGGAGUCCGCCGCAGCUGCCUGGUCGUCGGCCACUCGCUCGGCACGGGUCCUGCCAGCUGGCUCUUGGCGGAGCCACCAGCGCCGAUCGCGGGCGCAGUGCUCAUCGACCCCAUCUGCGUGAUGUUGGAGAUGCCAGACGUGGCGCACAGCUUCUUGUACCGCGCGCCAAGGAGCGCUUUCGAGUGGCUGUGCUUCCUGUGGUGCUCCUCCGAGCCAGGAAUGCAGUUCCACUUCCGCCGGCGGUUCUUCUGGCACCAGCACAUUCUGAACCCCGAGCAUGUAGCGGAGCUCCCAGUCGCAUUUUUCCUAAGCGAAAAGGACCAGAUCGUACCAAGCCACAUCGUCCGUGCAUUUGUGCACGACCAGAUCAGCGACGCUUCGCGUGUGCCCCCUUACUGA